AUGGAAAUUUGUGAUUCAAGCUUCCUCGCGGCGAAUGCGAAAUGUUGGUGGGCUGGUGCUCUCGCUGCGGCCACGGCGGAACUCCGGUAUGCGGGGUACGUGGCACCCGGGGUGCUGUUAGUGGCAGGUGCACCCCGGGCAUUAGAAACCGUCCGUGGAGCAUAUUCCCGAUCCGUCCUCAAACCACCGCCUACUUAUCUUAUAUGCGGUCUUGGUAAGUAA